AUGACCACGCAUGACUGGCCUCCUGGCGAUCAUCUCCCCGAACCCCCAGAGAUCUUUGCUGAGCGGAUAUGGUCAAGUCUUCUCUCUCAUGCAGCAGCUCGAACCACGAAUCAUGCGGAUACAAAUCGAGCGCAACCGGAGUCCCAAGACAAAGACGAGGCUGAAAAGAGUCGCCAGCAGGCUGAGGAAGCCAAGGUCAAGUUUGUCAAAAUCCUCGAGGCCUGGGAUGCGGAGCACGACAAAGAGAAAAGCAACAUGAGUAUGCAACGGAAGCGGGGUAAGGAAUCGGUCGCGGCGAAAGUGCGGGCCAACAUCACUCAGAUGCACAGCUGGGAGGACGUCUUCGCCUCACUUCGAGAAGCAGAGGAUCACUACAAAACCUCGAGCAAGUUCCGAAAGUUGUUCCGAAAGGGGGCAAGCAGGGCGGAGGCAGUGGGUCCCUUCCUGGAUCUGAUCCCAGACACGGACUAUACCUCCGUUGUCUGCGGGGGGAUCAAGUUCAUGUUAGGUGCUUGUUCGGCGGCGAACCGAUCGCGGGAGGAGAUUUUCGCCCUGGUUGAGCUAUUGCCCGAAAAGGUGGAGCAUGCAAGCCAGUAUGCCGAGUUGUACAGCUCAGAGCCAAUCCUUCAAACCGCUACCUGUCAACUUUACCUCAAGAUCCUGACCGCCAUGGAAGCUAUCAUCGAUUUCUGGACCAAGGACCGUUCAUUCGAGUUUCUGAAACCACUCUUCCUUCAACGCACAUACCGACCCCUUCAAGCCGAGCUCGACGAUGUGAAAAAGGCGUCGGAGACUGUCGAGCGCACAAUUCAAUUCUGCGAUCGGAAUCGAUUUAUUGAGAUUGCGGACCGGGUGCGAGGAACGCAGGGGACUGUUGCUGAGAUCAAAGCCGUGCUUAUAGAGUUCCUCACCCGGCAGUCGAUGAACACCAAAUGGUUCCAGGAAAUCCUGGUGCAAAUCUCACAGCACAAGGCGGAGUCUACCAAGCCCCGAGCACACAUAACUCCCGGAGAAAUCAUCCAAGCCCUGGAAGCGGCAUUCCCCUCGGUCCUGCCGUCUACGGACGAUAGCGAUGCAACGACCCACGGACCCCUGCAGCGAGUGCUCCAAGCCGGCUUCUCCAUGGCAGGACCGGACCAGCAACGGACGAGCUGGACGAUCUCCGACCCCAAAGUCCACAGGUGGUUCAAAUCCCGGCACUCGCGCGCGCUGGUCGUCCACGGAAACUGCGCCCUGCAACGGAUCAGCCCCCUUUCCUUCUUCUGCGCGCUGCUGAUCGAGAGCCUGCGGAGCCUCGGGCCCAUCGUCGUCUUGCACCACUUCUGCGGGUUGCACCCGCCGUCCGACCACCGCGACGUCGGGUCCGCGGGCUCCAUCGCGACGGCCGUGCUUCUGCAUCAGCUCCUGCGGCAGUGGACGUUCGGCGAACUCGAAUGUCUCGGCGUCGACGACGCCCAGGCGUUCCGGGGCGCGGUCUCGAACCUGACGCCGGACUUUCUCGUCUCGAUCUUGCGCAAACUGAUCAAAGCCCUCCCGCGCCGGCAGCCGGUCUUUCUGAUCCUCGACGGGAUCAAUUACUACGAGACGCGCGAAUUCGGCUGGGAGACGAAGCGCUUGGUUAAGAAGCUCGUCAAGCUGCUCGGGGCGGGAGGAGCGCUGUACAAAUUGCUGAUCACGAGUACCACCCGCGUGCUCGAUAUAGAUGAGUAUUUCGAGAAUGAUGAGAAAUUGUAUGUGCCCGUUGAACCGACCCCGCGGGGAGUGGGUGCUGCGAAUCAACAGCUAAAACGGAGAUUCACUUUUGGGCGGUCGACCAGGAGUCAAUAAGAUGAGGGCACAGUAGAAAGAAAAGUAACCAAAAAUCUCAGUAGGAACAUAAGUCUCCCAGCUGAAGGCUGCAAAUCGU